GGUGGUGCUCCACUCCCCUCAGACGGCGGGGGCCGGCGGUGCCGCGCACCCCUCAGGACAGUUCCCCGCUGCCCUCAGGGCGGUGGGGCGGAGCGCUACCUGCGGGGCGGUGGGCGCCCCCUCUCCCCCAGCCCCCCGCCGCGGGGCGGGGCCGGGGCCGGGGCCGGAGAAGCGGCGCUGCCCCCGGCAGGGCGCGUCCCGCCUGGCAGCGGCGGCGGAGGGGGCUGAGGCGGCCGAGUUCGCCGUCGGCAUGUGGGACGGCGGCGAGGGGAACGGCAGCGAGGGCGAGCACUGGCCCUGGCCGCCCUGCGACGAGCGGCUGUGCUUGGCGCUGCCGGUGCGGGCGCUCGUCCCCGUCACGGCCGUCUGUCUGGGGCUGUUCGUGGUCGGCGUGGUGGGCAACGUCCUGACGGUGCUGGUCAUCCAUGGCUACCGUGACAUGAAGACCACCACCAACCUCUACCUGGGCAGCAUGGCCAUCUCGGACCUGCUCAUCCUCCUGGGGCUGCCUUUCGACCUUUACCGCCUGUGGCGCUCCCGGCCCUGGAUCUUCGGGCAGCUGCUGUGCCGCCUCUCCCACUACCUCAGCGAGGGCUGCACCUACUGCACCAUCCUCCACAUCACCGCCCUCACCGUGGAGCGCUACCUCGCCAUCUGCUUCCCCCUCAAGGCCAAGGUGGUCGUCACCAAGCGCCGAGUGAAGGCCGUCAUCGGUGCCCUCUGGGCCUUUGCCUUCCUCUCCGCCAGCCCCUUCUUCUUCCUAGUUGGUGUGGAGCAGCCCGACAACCACACUGACAGCCGGGAGUGCAAGCCCACCCUGCAGGCCAUGGAGUCCGGCCUGCUGGCCACCAUGUUCUGGGUCACCACCUCCUACUUCGUCCUGCCCGUCAUCUGCCUCAACGUCCUCUAUGGUUUCAUCGGCCGGGAGCUGUGGCGGAGCAACGCACGCCUGCGGGGCCCCAACACGGUCCUCCAGGAGAAGGGGCACCGCCAGACCCUCAAGAUCUUGGCUGUGGUGGUUCUGGCCUUUGUAAUUUGCUGGUUGCCUUUCCACAUUGGCAGGAUCAUAUUUAUAAACACCCGGGACAUCAGGAUGAUGCUGUUCUCCCAGUACUUUAAUAUAUUUGCUCUGCAGCUUUUCUACCUGAGCGCAUCCAUCAACCCGAUCCUCUACAAUCUCAUUUCGAAGAAGUACAGGGCAGCAGCCUACAAGCUGCUGUUGCCACAGCGAGCUGCAGAAAGGGCUUUCACGGUAACAAAAGACGCUGGUGGCUACACAGAGACCAGCGCUAGCACAAGAAACGAGUAUGCCACCAGCUUCUGAGCCUGCGCCCCGUGCUUUUCCAGGCGUUCUCUGACAAGGAACGGAAUUUUCUUUUCACAGGACAGUCGCAAAAAGGAUGGACAUUUGUCAGGACCUGUGGUAUUUUGUCACCAUUUGAAUUUUGAAAUACUUGAAAUACUUGUAUUUUUGUUAACGGAGCAAGCAGAGACCAUAAAGUAGUGUAAAUGAUGUGCAACCGUGAAAGAUAGGAAUAGGAAAAGCUCAAUAGGAAAAGCUGGAGUAAAUUGCCAGUGAAACUGUGGUUUCAGUUUAUUACAUGUUGUUCAUUGCAUGUGUUCUGUGCGAUUUCUAGUGUUUGCCAAAAAUCCUAACAUCAAGGAGCGCAAAGGAGGAGGGAGUUUGAGGCAGCAGCUUUGCGUGGGUGCAGUAGCAGGUAAACUCCCAGACAGCCUUUGCCAUUUUAAAAUGGUUUGCUUAUAUACGAGGUUUUACAAAAAACAGUCUUGCAAGGAGAUGGAUGCAAAAGAAGUCACCCAUUAGCCUGAACAUCCUUGGAAAAAGGGGGCAUAUAUUUUAGUAGCUGGCCUGUAAUCGUGAAUGGGAGUUUUCCAGGCAGUUUCACUGACUCUUCCCUUGGGAAAGUGUCUCCUCUGCGCAGCAGCCUCUGGGCUUAACCCUCUUGGUCUGACCCAUGCGAUCAAAUAAGGUCUCUUAUUUAUAUACUAGCAACCAAUCCCCUAUAUCUGUAAGAGAUUAGAUACUCCUGACCACUUCCUCGUGACAGACGCGCAGUGUUGAUAAAUGUUCGCGGUGGUAUGUCCCCAGUGCAUCACAGUACGUACUGCGCACAAAAAUAAUACGCCAAGUUAACCUGUCUCGCCACAAACGAGACCUGUCACCGAACGUGCUCGGACUGCGCCCAGGACUUACUGCUACAUAACGCUGCACUGCAAGUCAAAAAACAACGCAUUAAUUUUGCUCUAAAGAUUUUAAAUACAAACGUUAAACUAUAUGAUUUAGAAAGGAGGCUUCUUGUGAGAAAGAGCUGGAAGGAGUUGCAGUACCGGUUUCUAUGCAUUUUACCCAUUACCUUCCUGGCUUUAGUGAGAUAAAUCUGGACCAGAAUCGAUGACAUGGGUCUGCGCUUACAGGAGCAUCACUGGUGGUAUGUCUGCGCUUGGCCUUGGUUAUCUGUUAACUUUUGUUAAUUAAGACAUCUGUGGAUCAAAAGAGUAAUGGUGGCGUUUACUGCACGCUGGAGCAAUGGUGUUUGCUGCCACGCGAAGGCAGAAUUCAACAUCCAGCUCAGAGAUCUCAAGAUGGUAGAGUUGAACCCAAGCCUUCUUUGGGUUUUAAAAAUAUGACCAAUUCUCCUUUUAACAAUCCAUAGCUCUGAGUCACUGAAUUGAAAAAAAAACUACACCCAGAAAAAAACCCGUAGCUCACUGCACACACGUUAAGCUUUCUUCUUCCACCAGCUUCGGACUGGGGUAGAGCAGUCGUCUGCAGGGCUUGGGCGGGAUUGCUUUUGCUGGGAGGG